AUGGCAGGCGACAGAGCACAUCCGAGCACGGCCCGUACCCCUGCCAGACCGGCAGCCAAGCCAGCUGGCUCGGCCACUGCGUCGGCCAAGCAGCGAUCCAUCAUGUCCUUCUUCCAGAAGUCCUCGCCUGCCGGUCCCGCGUCUUCGCCGACCACGCGUGAUAAGGUCACUCCUGAUUCUCAACCUUCAUGUUUGAAAGAGACCACCAAAGCCAACUCUCUUCCCAAGUCCAAGCCGUCCGUGAAGCUAUCCACACCUGUUCCGAGCAGUGACGCCAUCGAGCCAGCGAGUUCACAGGAAAACGACGACCCUGCAACCGCCAUGAGAACCAGAAGAGGCACCUUGCUUUCCCCCACAGCCGCGUCCUCCAGUAAUAAACUGGUCAAGAAAGCCGCUCCAAAGGCUGUCGCUGGUAGCAGCCCAUGCCGAAAGGCGAAGAAGGUUGUUUCGUAUGCCGAAUCGUCCGAAGAAGACGAGCCGUUCAACUAUGGUGGCAGGGCUGAGACUCGACGCAAUCGUGGCCGCACCGUUGUGAAAGAUGAGGACGAAUACGACGAGGAUGGCGCCGCGUCUCAAGUUGAAGACGAUGACGACAUGGCCGACUUUAUUGCGUCUGAAGACUCGGAGGACGACCGCCGCCAAUCCAAGAAGCGAAAGCGUUCCGCAAAACCACAGACCGCCCGAAAGCGCUCCAACGUUUCCCCUCCGCUUCCUUCCAAGGCCGAAACGCCUAUCCCCGACUUGGACGACGAUGAUAUGAACAAAGCUCCUACCACAUCAACCACUUCCCAGUGGAGCUAUGACCCCGAAGCGACCAACAAGCGACCUGUUGUCAAACCCACGGAGCGAACCGCGCCCAGGGACCCCAAAUACAAGGAAAAGGCGCACACAAAGGAACCCGAGGACCGCUAUCCCUGGUUGGCUAAUAUUCGCGACAAGGAGAAAAGGCUUCCCAACGAUCCAGAGUAUGACCCAAGAACCAUCUACAUCCCGCCAAUGGCCUGGAGCAAAUUCUCCCCGUUUGAGAAGCAGUACUGGGAAAUCAAGCAGAACUUGUGGGAUACCAUCGUCUUCUUCAAGAAGGGCAAGUUCUAUGAACUCUAUGAGAACGACGCAACCAUUGGCCACCAGCAAUUCGAUUUCAAAAUGACGGACAGAGUCAACAUGCGAAUGGUGGGAGUUCCCGAAAGCUCACUCGAUCACUGGGUCAACCAGUUCAUUGCGAAACAAUACAAGGUGGCAAGAGUAGACCAGAUGGAGACCAACCUUGGAAAGGAGAUGCGCGAGCGACAAGACAAGAGCGGGAAGAAGGCGGAUAAAGUCAUAUCUCGCGAGCUUUCUUGCGUGCUCACCGCAGGCACGCUUGUUGACGGUGGUAUGCUGCAGGACGACAUGGCUGCCUACUGUGUUGCCAUCAAGGAGUCAGUUGCCGACGGCAUACCGUCAUUUGGCAUCGCCUUUGCAGACACUGCCACGGGCCGCUUCCAGCUGUCAGGGUUUGUCGACGAUGUCGACCUUACCAAGUUUGAAACCUUUGUCGCGCAGGUUGGUCCUCGCGAGCUGCUUCUGGAAAAGUCUUGCCUCUCCACCAAGGCGUUGCGAAUCCUCAAGAACAACACCAGCCCCACAACCAUCUGGACCUACCUGAAGCCCGGCAGCGAAUUCUGGGACGCGGAUACCUCUCGGCGCGAGCUCAAAUGCGGCAACUAUUUCGCAUCCGAACAUAAUGAAGAUGGCAUUUGGCCAGAGGUGCUGCAGCAAUGCAAAGACGAUGACCUGGUCAUGUCUGCCUUUGGCGCCUUGGUAUCCUACCUCAAGUUCCUGCAGUUGGAAGGACCGCUACUCUCGCAGGGCAACUUUGACACGUACAAUCCCAUUCAGAAGAAUGGCACUCUCGUCUUGGACGGACAAACAUUGACAAACUUGGAGUUAUUUGCCAACUCUUCCGACGGCUCGACAGACGGCACCUUGUUCACCUUGCUCAACAGGUGCAUCACACCAUUUGGAAAGCGAUUGUUUCGUCAGUGGGUGGCUCAUCCCCUGUGCGACAUUGAGCGGAUCAACGAACGAUUGGACGCAGUUGAGAUGCUAAACAGUGACCCGACGGUUCGGGAGCAAUUCGCAUCUCAGCUUAUGAAGAUGCCGGACUUGGAGCGAUUGAUUUCUCGCAUCCAUGCCGGGGCAUGCAAGCCCGAAGACUUUGUCCGAGUGCUGGAGGGCUUCGAGCAGAUAGAGUACACCAUGAGUCUCCUCUCGGCCUUUAGGGGCGGAAAUGGCAUAGUCGACCGGCUAAUCUCAUCCAUGCCUGACCUGGAAGAACCGCUGAGCUUCUGGAAAACGGCAUUUGACCGCCAAAGGGCUCGCCAAGAGAAAAUACUGAUCCCCGGACGCGGCAUCGAGCCGGACUUUGACGAGAGCUUGGCUCGUAUGGAUGAGGUGAAGAAUCAACUAGACGACUUGCUAAGCGCCAAGAAGACGGAGCUCAAGUGCCGCAGCCUCAAGUAUACCGAUGUCGGCAAAGAAGUAUACCAGAUGGAAGCGCCUAAAAGCGUCAAGGUCCCCUCAAGCUGGCGCCAAAUGUCGUCCACCAAGGACGUGAAGCGAUGGUACUUUGGCCAGCUCACCCAGCUUGUCAGAGAGCUCCAAGAGGCCGAAGAGCUGCACUCGCAGCUAGUGAGAGAGAUUGCAUCACGGCUAUUCAGGAAGUUCGACGUCGAGUACAACACUUGGUUGCGCGCAAUCAAGAUCAUCGCCCAACUCGACUGCCUCGUCAGUCUGGCCAAGGCGUCUAGCUCCUUGGGAGAGCCGGCAUGCAGGCCGCAGUUUUUUGACCACGAGCGCAGUUUUGUCGACUUUGACGAAUUGCGCCACCCGUGUAUGAUUAAUACGGUCGACGACUUUAUACCGAACGGCAUCAAGCUCGGUGGAGACCGGGCCAAGAUCAAUUUGUUGACGGGCGCCAAUGCGGCGGGGAAGUCAACCGUCCUUAGAAUGUCUUGCGUGGCUGUCAUCAUGGCACAAAUCGGAUGCUAUGUCCCAGCGGUUUCUGCUCGUCUCACGCCAGUGGAUCGCAUCAUGUCACGACUGGGUGCCAACGACAACAUUUUCGCGGCACAAUCCACCUUUUUCGUAGAGCUCUCGGAAACCAAGAAGAUCCUGGCAGAGGCCACACCGCGGUCCAUGGUGAUUCUCGAUGAGCUGGGUAGAGGAACAAGCUCGUACGACGGGGUUGCCGUCGCGCAGGCGGUGCUGCAUCACGUCGCAACCCACAUUGGCUGCCUAGGCUUCUUCGCCACUCACUACCACUCGCUUGCGACCGAGUUUGAGAAUCACCCCGAGAUUGAAGAGAAGAGGAUGCAAAUCCACGUGGACGAGGAGGAGCGCAAAGUGACGUUUUUGUACAAGCUGGAAGACGGGGUUGCCGAGGGCAGCUUCGGCAUGCACUGCGCAGCCAUGUGCGGCAUUCCCGACCGCGUGAUCGAGCGAGCAGAGGUUGCUGCGCGCGAAUGGGAGCACACGAGUCGGCUGAAGGAAAGCUUGGAAAAGGCAAAAACCGGGUGUUACAUUCCACUUGGGGUUCUCAGCGACGUCGGCAGCUUGCUAGGGGGCAAGGGAGACAUUGGGAGCAAGGGUGUGGAAGUGCUUCUUAAGGCUAUCGAAUGCUUGUGA